UCACGGCGCCGGAGCGAUUCGUCGAUGUUUAUUUAACGUCAGCAGUUUUGGUGUAAUUUCUCUCUCCCGCCGCGUCCCCUCCCUUGUGGCACGCCUCCUCUUUGUCAUUGUUGGAAGUGUCAGGGAGCGAAUGCAGGGAAGUCCCACCGGCAUCUUUUCCAUCUGAGGCUGAGAACAUGUUCUAAGCUCGCUUUCUCCUCAGCCGGCGAGACAAAAAGAGCCACUUCUGAGCUCCGGAGCCGCCGCCAACAACGCUCUACAGGACAGUCCAUGGUCUGUGAUUGGAGGAAUCGUCUGUGAUGUCAGCACUGGUCCUUCACGCUUUUAUCCUCCUUCUGUUUGCUGAUUUACAAGGUGUGUGUGGGCAGCAGGCGUUCAGGACGGAGCCCCGUAACCUGACGGUGCGGACGGGGGCCACGGCGCUGCUGAAGUGUGAAGUGCUGAGGGCCUCUGGAAGCGUUCAGUGGGUGAAGGACGGCCUGCUGCUGGGGCCACAGCGGUCCCUGCCCGGCCACCCGCGCUACAGCAUGACCGGAGACCAGGACAGAGGCCAGUACCAUCUGCAGAUUGAAGACGUUCGCCUGGAAGACGACUCCCCCUACGAGUGCCAAGUGGGCCGUUCCAAAACCAGCCGGCCCAUCGUCUCCCGCACCGUGUGGCUGAAUGUGCAGAUUCCCCCUGCAGAGCCGUAUUUUGAGUGGGACGCCGGGAAGCCCUGGGUGGAAGGAGAGGAGUACACGGUGACCUGCAUUGCCCCCGACGCCAAACCAGCCGCUGAUGUCCUUAUUUAUAAAGAUGGAGAUGAACUGACAGAUAUUGAGUCUUUCACGGAGUCGGGCUCAGAGGAUAAACUGCAGAACACUCAUGCUGAAGUUAAGGUUAGGGCACAGCGUUUGGACAACGGCCGGCCCCUGGUGUGUCGAGUGAAGAACCCAGCUAUCUCCCGGGCCCUGGAAACUAAAGUGGUCAUGAACAUCUAUUUCCCACCGCAGGCUCCGGUUAUAGAGGGAUUGAGGAGCCAGGAGGUGAAAGCUGGUACUUCUCUGAGGCUCGUCUGCCUCUCGUAUGGAGGGAACCCCCUGGCUACUCUGCACUGGACCAAGAAUGGAGAGGUGUUAUCCACUAACUGGGAGGUAGACGUGGUCUCUCAGAAGGCCAGCAGUGGAUUGAAUAUGCAGGUACAGCCUGAAGAUAAUGGUGCAGUUCUCUGCUGUGAGAGCGUCAACCAGGUGUCCAGAUCUCCUCAGUCCAUCACUCGUACCCUCACUGUCCUCUUCGAGCCGGCUGAAGUGACCCUGCUGGGCUCUUUCGAGGCGGUGGAGGGGAAUCAGGUGACUCUCUGCUGCCACACGUCCUCCAGCAACCCCCCCGUCCACAUCCGCUGGUGGCUCGGCUUCAAAGAGCUUAACAAUGCAACCGUCACCAUCUCAGAGGGAGAGAACGGUGGGAUGAUGACGAUGUCAAAUCUGACCUAUACCGUGUCCCGAGAGGAGAACAGCCUCCCGCUGACCUGCGAGGCUUUUAACAGAGGAACUCGAUAUUCCAGCAUCAAAUCCCAACCCCUCAGUGUUUACUAUCCUCCUCAGAAGGUGUGGUUGGACGCUCCUCCAGAAGGAACUCUCCUGCGCUCGGGGACGACUGUGCGCCUGGUGUGUUUCUCCAGUGGUGGAAACCCCACCGGCCGCCUGACCUGGAUGAAGAAUAAUAAAACGGUUCAAGUCCCAUCCAAACACGUGGAGUCUGAGCGCGGCGUAUCGCGGGAGUUCCUCCUCACUCUUCAACCCAGCGACAAUUUAGCCACGUACCGCUGCGACGCCACAAACGAGGCCAAGGAAAUACGAUCCGCUCAGAUUAAACUGCUGGUCCAGUUUCCUGCGGUGAGCGUGAAGAUCCUGGUGAAGCAGAAGGAGCUGCGUGCAGGACGAUCCCUCAGUCUGGACUGUCUCGCUGGGAGCAGCAACCCUAAAGCCAAUAUCAGCUGGAGUCUGGGUUCAACCAGGCUGAAUGGAGUGGAGCAGGCCCCCAAGAGGGCGGAGUUUGGUGGCCUGUCCGUCAGCAGCAAACUGACCCUCCCUCUGGGAUCUGAGCAUCACGGUAAACGGGUCAGCUGUCAGGCCUUCAGCAGCCUCCUGUCUGAGGGAGUGAACACCUUCUACGUCCUGAACGUUCUCUUUCCUCCAGAGUUUGCAGAAGAUCAGCCCAGCGAGGUUCAGAUCGUGGAGGACGACACGGCCACUCUACCCAUCAUGGUUUCGGCCAAUCCGGAGGAUUUCACCUGUGAGUGGCUGUUCCACGGCGAGAAGGUGGUUAAAGAUAGGGAUCAUCGCUACCACUUUCCAGAAGGCUGGGCCCUGGAGAUUUGGAACGUGACCCGGCGGGAUGCUGGGAAUUACAGAGUGGAGUGCUCCAACGCCGAAGGGAAGAGGAGCUCCAUCAUCAAACUCGACGUUCAGUAUUCCCCGACGGUGAAGAUGAAGACGGAUCCGGUGUUCGUUAACGUCGGAGACACCGCUGACUUGAUGUGCGAAGCCGACGCCAAUCCCAUCACCCCCGGCAUGUUCUCCUGGAAGUGGAUGGGCGAGGGGGAGGUGGAGGAGCUGGGGGAGCAGAGCGAGGACGGUGCUACAGGACUGUUGACUCUGUACGAGGUGACCCGUGCUCAGGCAGGACCUUACCAGUGCACUGCUGACAAUGAAAUAGCGCCCCCUGGCAGUGUGGUGGGGCAGCUCGUAGUGCGCUUUGCUCCAGAGUUGCAGAAAGGGCCACAGUGGAGGAAGGUGGCCAGCAGGGGGGACGGCAGCACUGAUGUGGACGUUUUGUGUCAGGCAGAAGGUGUCCCACGCGUCACUUUCACCUGGGCCAAGAACAGAGUACCACUGGACUUCCCCAAUCCCAGAUAUCUAGAACGUACAGUGAGGGAGGGGGCCAUCCACACCAGCACCCUGACUGUGGUUAAUGUGAGCGCAGCUCUGGAUUACGCCAUUUUCACCUGUACAGCCCGAAACAGCCAGGGGGAGGACAACCUGGACAUCCAGCUCCUCAGCACCAGUUACCCGGAUCCUCCCUCAGACCUGAAGCUGCUGAGUGUUGCCUCCGACUCAGUAACUCUGGAGUGGAUGCCCGGCUUCGACGGAGGCCUGAUCCAGAACUUCCGCGUCAGGUAUCAGUGGGCGGAGUCUGCAAGUUACCUGUACGUGGACGUCUUUCCUCCGAGAUCCACCGUCUACACCGUCACUGGUCUGAAACCAGUCACUGCCUACAACUUCUCCGUUAACGCCAUUAACUCAAUGGGGGAGAGCAGCUACGCUGACAACGGAGCAAAACUCACCGUCACCACUCUGGAUGUUGAGCCGGAUCCCGGAGGCGAGGCUGGUGGAGGAGCUCCGGACGGGGCUGGUAAAGACGCCGGCGUGCCGCUCUACGCCGUGGCCGUGCUGGUCGGGGGUCUCCUCCUGCUGCUGAACGCGGUGGGAUUCUUUCUAUUCAUCCGGCGAUGGAGGAGGAGGAAGAAGAAGGGGAAGGGGCGGGGCCUAAAAGAGGGGGCAGACGGCAUUUCGGAGGAGAAGAAGAGCGAGAGCGAGGGGUCAUCAGUGAGCAGCUCGAGUCGUUACGCGAGCAGAGAGCGGAUCAACGCUUCGGCCCAGCGAACCCUGCUCAUCGAUACCAGCUCUGAUCCGGACAGCAGCGGCAGCGCCUACGAAAGUUACGGAGGGAAGAGCUCUCACUACUAUUACCCCACUGAGGCCUACAGCCCGGCUCUGUACCCCCACCCCGAGAGUCCUGAGGAACCGGGUAGCAGAUAUGGUUUAAACCCACUCAGCCACGAGUACGAGGAGGUCCGAGACUGGAGGACAUACGACGACCUGCAAGCGUCCACACUUCCUCCUGCUACUGUCCAGAGCAGGACAUCACUUCCUGCCUAUGAGGUUGGGUGGAGAGGAGCAUCUGAUUUGGACCCAACGAGUUCAGUCUAUAAUUCUACAGCUUACAGACGCAGGAAAGACUCGGAUUUGCCUUUUGAGCUGAGGGGGGAGCUGGUUUAAGAGCUAGCAAAAAUGCUAGUCACUUCCUGUACAUGAAUAUUCUAUCACUGCUUGGAUUUGUGUUUUAUUUAUCUUUUUUAUAUAUAAACCUAAAUGAUAUUACAUUAUAUGUUAUUCGCUUAUUUUGUAUUUUGUAUUUGGAUUAUUGGCUCAAAAGUAUAUAAAAACACUGCAAAAAAAAAAACACUCUUAGCAAGUGAAAUUAUCUCAUUUUUAGGAAGUAAAUCUUAUUUUUCCAUUAGAAUAAUCUGUACUACUAAAGAUAGUUAGUGUAAGAUAUUUUGCUUAUUUUAGAAAUAAUGAUAUGAAUCACACUUAACUAGAAUUUCCAUCUUAUUUAAAGUCAUUUAGAAAUCAAAAUAAACACAAAAUAUCACCAGUCAGGUUAUCCUAAUUCUUUUUUUUUUUUUUUCCAAAUGUAAUCCAAUAUAUCAGUGAUUUUUCUUGAUUUUAGUCUUGAUUUUGGCCAGAAUAUUAUUAUUUUAUUUUGCAGUUUCUGUUAUUAUAUUCAUUCAUAAUUUUGUUUCUUGUUUGAAAUUGUUAUUUUUACUUUUCUUUAUUAUUUUUUUACACGUCAAUAUAUUUUCUCGUAUUUGUGCAUGUUCUGUUUUAUAAUUGAUAUCAAUGCUGCUCUUAUUUUUACAUUCUUAUUAUUUUACUUUUUCUUGCUUUUCUUACUAAUUUAAUCCUAGUUUGUUCAUUUUAUCCUGAAAUGCAUUAGUGAUCUAUUCCCUUGAAUGUUUUUUUUUUAUAUUGUUUAAUUUUCUAAAUUUACCUUUAUUGAUUUAAGUUGAUCAUGUUUUAUUAUUUUUUUUUUCAAUCUCUGUCUGUCAUCAGUACUCUCCCUAAAAACAUUAAAUAAAUAAAAAAUGAGACACUAAAAUAUAAGACAUUCUCAACUGUAACCUCGGAGAUACAUUCAUAAUUAAAAUUGCACUGCUGAGGUAAAUGUCUGAAUGGAAUUGCACUGCUUAGGUACAUUAAUGUUUAAAAUUGCAUUGCUAAAAAAAAUAUAGGACUUUAGUAGCACUGCUGAGGUGCAUUAAUAAUUAAAAAUGCAAGCUAAGGUACAUGUAUGACUAGAAAUAAACUGCUGAGGUACACUCAUUAUUAAAAUUUUACUGCUGGUGUAAAUGUAUAACAGGAAUAGUACUGCUAAGGUACAUGUAUGAUUGGAGUAGCACCACUGAGGUACAUUCAUAAUUAAAUUUGCACAGCUUAAAGUACAUGUAUGAAUAGAAUAACAUUGCUGAGGUACAAUCAUAAUUAAAAUUAAACUGCUGAGGUAAAUAUAUGGCUGGAAUCGCACUGCUGAGGUACACUCACAAUUAGAAUUGCACUGCUGAGGUAAAUGUAUAAUGGGAAUAGCACUGCUGAGGUACAUGCAUGAAUGGAACAGCACUGCUGAAUAGCACUCAAAUAAAAUAGCACUGCUCAGGUACAUCAUUUAUAAAUACAAUUGCAUUGCUAAGAAAAAUGUAUGUCUGAAAUAGCACAGCUGAGGUACACAUAUUUAAAAUUAACCUGCUGAGGUACACGUAUGACUAGAGUAGCACUACUAAGGUAAAUUCUUAAUUAAAAUUGCAUUGCUAAGGUAAAUGUAUAGCUGGAAUAGCACUGCUCAGGUACACUCAUAAUUAAAAUUGCAUUGCUGAGAAAAAUGUAUGACUGGAAUAGCACUUCAUAAAUAUAAUUGCACUGCUGAGGUAAAUGUAGUGGGCUUUGGCUAAUCUUCAUUAAUUAUUUUAAACUCUAUUUUUGUAGUUGCUAUUAUUUGAAAAUAAAACAGUUAAAGUUAAUGAAAAAAGUAGAAGUAAAAAAAAGUAAAAUAAUAGUUACAAAGUGGGAAAAUGUGAGAAACACUUCCACGAGUCUACACAAGGGGGCUCCAUGCACUCUUCUUCCUGAUCAUCUUCUCUGUUGACAAACAGAAUUGUGUUUAGAUGAUUAUUUGUCCUUUUUUAUUGUGUAUUUUUAUUUAUUUUUUGUUGUUGUUGUUAGUCAGGGGCUCACUAUCGUUUCCUGUGUUCAGACUCUGCGUGGGCACGGAACCUGCUCUUAUUGUUGUCUGAGAGCUCGAUCCUGGUCGCUGUGUCCGGGGAGGAAAAGCGCUGAUGUAAGAACCGAACCAAAGGAAACAGACGUUCAGAGGAAGCCUCCCUGCAGCCGUCUGGCCUCGGGAGAGACCACCUCAUCCCACCCAACUACACCCAACUACACCCAUCUACACCCACGUCCCCCUCAACCAGCAACCUCUUGCACUUCUGACUGAUUGUCCAGCUUCACUGCCCCAAGCUUGGACAGCCUAGUUGAAGACAUGAAGCCCCCAUUCCAGACCCCUACCCCAAACCACCCCAAGCCCAGCCAAUACACUUAUAUAUUAUAUAGAUGUAUUACACACACAGAGUGAUCUAUUUUAAGCUUUUAUUGAUUUUAUUGUUGAUGAUUUCGAAGCUUACAGCCAAUUAAAACCUACAAAUCAGUGUCUCAGAAAAUUUGAAUAUUAUAUAAAAGACCAAUUGGUACUUUUGGCAGUGUGGGCAGUGUGCCAAAUCCUGCUGGAAAAUGAAAUCCUCAACUUCAGAAACGUUGCGAGCAGAGGGAAGAGUGCUGUAAGAUUUUGCAGGGAAAUAAUAAUUUUAAAAUAACAGUGAAUAAAAUAUAAAAAUAUGUAUAAAUAAAAAUAAUAAUAUAACUUGGUUUAAUUGAUAAGAAAUUAAGGUCGAAAGAAAUAUGAUUAAUACAGCAAAAUCAGUUAACAUUAAGGUAAAACUAAACCCAAACUAAAAAUAAUAAUAUAAAUACAUAAAAAAAUUAUUAAUAAUAAUAAUAAUAAUAAGAAGAAGAAGAAGAAGAAGAAGAAGAAGAAGAAGAAGAAAAAGAAUAAUACAAACUAUUACAAAUAAAAUAAUGAAAGAAAUUAAAAGAAAAUAAGGAAAUAAAAGAAAUAAAAAGGUAAGACAUAAAAGUUAAGAAUAAUUAAGACUAAGUUAAACAGGCAUAGGCUGUCUGAAAGUGGUUAGUGUUUACUGUAGUGAAUCAUCAACGAUAAAAUAUA